GUCGUGUGUAUAUUGUCUUCACUCUCACCAUUUUGUUCUCAAAGGCUUUCACUCCUAUCCUCUCUAGGCCUGCUUUACUCAGACCACGACUUGUACCCACUUUUCAUCGGUAUUCCUAUUCUACUACCAAAAUGAGUUUCUGCGCUGCCUGUGUUCAAGGUGUUCGUCAUGAAGGCACUCCAGAAGGCAAGUUUGAGACAAUAGGCGGGGUCAAAUGCUACGUCGGUACACCCACAGUUGACUAUCCCAAAGACAAAGUCGUCCUCUUCCUAUUUGAUGUAUUUGGUAUCGAUCUCCCCAAUUCACUCCUCUUAGUCGACGACUUCGCUAGGAACGGAUUCAAGGUUGUGGCACCUGAUUAUCUCAACGGCGAUAAUGUCCCCGCAGAUGCCUUCAGCACAGGGUAUGAUAUUGGCAAGUGGUUCCAAAAUCACGGAUCCGACAAGACAAGACCUCCUCUCGACAGCGUCAUCGCAGCUCUCAAAGAGCAAGGUGUAACUCGUUUCGGUGCGACUGGUUAUUGUUUCGGAGGUCGAUAUGUGUUCAACCUUGCCUUUGAGAAUAUCAUCCACGUAUCUGUAGCAAACCACCCAUCGCUCUUGAAAUCGCCCGAUGAUCUUGAGAAAUACUUUGCUACCUCGAAAGCUCCUCUCCUGAUCAACUCCUGCCCAGUUGAUGAGCAAUUCCCGAUCUCAUCGCAGACGACUGCCGACGAGAUCUUUGGCAAUGGCAAGUUCAAGCCUGGGUACCAGAGGGAGUUCUUUGAAGGGUGUGCGCAUGGGUUCUCUGUUCGUGGGGAUUUGAGCGACCCUAAUGUGAAGAAGGGCAAGGAGGGUGCGUUUAAGUCUGCCGUUGAGUUCUUCGUCAAGCAUUUGUGAGCACGAACACAGGCUUAGUAGGAGGGGGAAGAACGAUGAAAUAGUGAGUAAGGGGGUGGGCCAUUCGUGUAUUUGUAUAUUGUCGAAAGUCAAGUGUGUUCUUCUCAACACGUAAGAACUUAAGCUUGA